UGUUUUCGGUCAUGUCGUCACCGUGGUGACGUAACAGCGCUUCGAUAUUUUGGGGUGGGCGCAUGCGAGCAUUCCGAACACAUCCACUGCGUUUCCGGAAACAGCGCCGUGUUGGGCUGAGGAGGGCGGUGCCCCUUCCGCCAUCAGGUAGGCGCGGGCACAACGUGACAGAGGCGCCACUGUUCGUGUGCGCGCGCGUGCACAGGUGGCCAGUCGCUCGGAGUCGCUCGUAGCAGCGAGGAGGUCGCGGAAGUGGGGAAGUGGGGAAGUGGUCGUGGAAGUGGGGAAGUGGCCUGCUCUUCUUCCUCUUCUUGUUCUGUUUUUCUUUCGGUGCUCGGCGGGCGGCGAUGUUCAGUUGGGUGAGGCAGGAGCAAGGCGGCCGCAACAAGGAGGGCGAGAUGUACCAAACGGUGACCGAGGGUCUGCAGAGCCUCUACAGCAAGAAGCUGCUGCCGCUGGAGGAGACUUACCUCUUCCACGACUUCCACUCGCCCGCCCUGGAGCCGGCCGACUUCCAGAGCAAGCCCAUGGUGCUGCUGGUGGGCCAGUACUCCACCGGGAAGACCACCUUCAUCAGGUAUCUUCUGGAGCAGGACUUCCCGGGCAUGCGGAUCGGACCCGAGCCCACCACGGACGGCUUCAUCGCGGUGAUGCACGGCGACAGCGAGGGCGUCGUCCCCGGCAACGCCCUGGUGGUGGACCCCAAGAAGCCCUUCAGGAAGCUCAACGCCUUCGGAAACUCCUUCCUCAACAGGUUUAUCUGCUCUCAGAUGCCCAAUCAGGUUCUGCAGAGCAUCAGCAUCAUCGACACGCCGGGGAUUCUCUCCGGAGAGAAGCAGCGCAUCAGCAGAGGUUACGACUUUGCCGAGGUUCUGCGUUGGUUUGGUGAGCGAGUGGACAGAAUCAUCCUGCUGUUCGACGCCCACAAACUGGACAUCUCGGACGAGUUCUCCGAGGCCAUCCGAGCCCUCAAAGGACAAGACGACAAGAUCAGGGUGGUCCUCAACAAGGCGGACCAGGUGGACACGCAGCAGCUGAUGCGCGUGUACGGUGCCCUCAUGUGGUCCCUGGGAAAAGUGAUCAACACUCCGGAGGUGGUGCGGGUUUAUCUGGGUUCCUUCUGGGCCAAACCGCUGCAGAACACGGAGAACAGACGUCUCUUUGAGGCCGAGUCGCAGGACCUCUUCCGGGACAUCCAGAGUCUUCCGAGGAACGCGGCGCUCCGGAAACUCAACGACCUCAUCAAGCGGGCCAGGCUGGCAAAGGUGCACGCGUACAUCAUCAGCCACCUGAAGAAGGAGAUGCCGUCGCUGUUCGGCCGGGAGAAGAAGAAGGAGGAGCUCAUCGUGAGGCUGCCGGAGAUCUACGCCGUCCUGCAGAGGGAGCACCACAUCAGUCCUGGAGACUUCCCCAACGUCACCAAGAUGCAGGACAUGCUGCAGCACUACGACUUCAGCAAGUUCCCGUCGCUGAAGAUGAAGCUGAUCGAGUCGGUGGACAAGAUGCUGGCGUCCAAGAUCGCCGGGCUGAUGGCGAUGAUCCGCGAGGAGGAGUCCAAGGCGCCGCCCGCCAUGGUCUCGGGCGGCGCCUUCGAGGGCGCCCAGGACGGGCCCUUCGGCCGCGGCUACGGCGAGGGCGUCGGCGCCGGCGCCGACGCCGAGGACUGGAUCGUGAGCCGGGACAAGCACCGCUACGACGAGAUCUUCUACACGCUCAUGCCCGUCAACGGCAAGAUCAGCGGCGUCAACGCCAAGAAGGAGAUGAUGAACUCGCGGCUGCCCAACACGGUGCUGGGGAAAAUCUGGAAGCUGGCCGACUGCGACCAGGACGGCAGCCUGGACGACGAGGAGUUCGCGCUGGCUCAGCACCUCAUCAAGGUCAAACUGGAGGGAUACGAGCUGCCCGCCGAACUGCCCCCGCACCUGGUGCCCCCCGCCCACCGCAAGCACCCCGACGCCGAGGCCGAGUACAACCACGACCGAGACUAGACGCUCGCGCGCUCAAAAGCGCUUGCCGACUGAUGCUAACGAACAUAUCACACGUGCUUUUUAUUUGCUACGCUAAUCACACAAAUUUGGCGGUUUUCGGCUUUUCGCCGCGAACCUCAAAGCAUUCGCCGUUUUGCUGAUUUCUGGGGGGAACCUAUCGUCUGCCAUUCGCUGAAAAUCUCGCUUAGUCACUGUUUCGGUGCUCGGACCAAAGCCGCGUCUCAUAUAAAAAUAGUGCGUCGGCGCCACGUGGUGGCAUCUCUGUGCCGGGGGGCUGUUGAAGUGGGUCGAGGAGCUUCAUUUCGACAAAAAUAGUGCUUUGCCACCAUCUUGUGGCAUCUGCAGGCAAUUGCAGUACAGGAUAACCUUUUUAGGGGCGCUUCAAUUGCUCGCGACUUUUUGCUAUGACGUGAGCGUCGUUUAGUUAGGCCGAAGCUUUGCCGCCAUCUUGUGGCAUCUAUAAGCAAUUAACUCCUUCACGCAGACAUUUUCCCUAUUUCGCCAGCCGUUUUUAGAGCAUCUUUCAAGACUCGCACAACACGGUGUUCUGCAACAAUAUCAACACCGAAAAAAAGUUUGGUCCGAGCUUUUUCCCUUCUUUAGUCAUAAGCAGUACAACAUGAGUUGGUUUCACCAAGAGUGGCGAGAGCAAGCUUUUUGCGGGGGGGGCCGAGCCGAGCAGAACAAGUGGCUUUGAAGCUGCGGUUUUUUUUUUGCUCUUUUGACACCUCAAACUCUAAAACAAGAAAAACAAGAUUGAGGACGGACUUUGUACGGCCAACUCGGAAUCGAUUUACAGAUGUCCAAAUCGCAAAUGCGCGUGAGCGAAUGCCGACUGACCGCGUGGCCGCAGUUGAACGUCAGCGGCGUUUUGACCACAUCCGCCAUUGGUUCUUUGAAUUGCAUCCUCAUUUGUCACCAUCACACUUUCUCCUAGCAACUGCGACACGUACCGUUUCAUACCGUUUCUGCCAUAGCUAUACGUACGUCGGUCGAGUUUGAGGCGCCCAAACUUGUGCGACUCCCGUGUUAGCAUUUCUUGCGCUCGGUCAUCGAAGCAACAAAAAGCUGCGAUUCGCCGCCUAAUCUUCCUCUUCCGCUUAAAAGCUGCGCUGAUCUGAAAUCCCAAGUGAUGCGCCGGCGCCAUCUGCUGGCCUGGCUUCGUCAUUUCCGUGGUAUACAAACCGGAAUUGCGUCGGUCGUUAGCUCCUUGUUAUCGAACAGCAAGUUGUGCAAAAAGUAUCGAAACAUUGAACAGUUUGACGUGCAUUCGAAAGUUUACUCGAGAUCAAAUUACGUUGACCUGUAAAGGGAGAAAGAAGUUCACUUGGAAAUGUUAACAGGUUCUUGCAUCAAUUCCACGCCGUUGCUCCAAAUGACACCCUUUUUGCGAGUUGUGUUAAGUGUCGCCCUGAUGAUUUCCUGUCCAUUUCACUUUUAUUUGAAGACUCCAAUGGAUUUUAGCGCCUCCCCCUCCUUUUUGAUUUUGUCUUCUGCCCAUGAAGAGACCGCCGCCUCUCGGAGUUCUUUGAGGAAGUGCAUUCAUCACGUUCGUGCCUUCUCGCUGCCUCUGGGCAUCCUUUCAGAGUAAAAGCUCGGCGAUGUACGCAGUAAGAGAUUUGAUGGCGUGAAAUAAAAUGUCAAAUCUUUACUCGCCUGACUCAAUUAGCGUCUUGUGUUCAUUUGCUAGCGUGCUUCCAGUACGCGUGUGCGGAUGUUGGA